UCUGUAAGUCUCGCGGGAGUUGAGAAGUCGGAGAGCUGCGAGCUGCAGGAAGGCAAAAAUGGCUACGCCGAAGGUGUUGAUGCUGACGCUGGCGUCGUUUUUCUCGCUGUCAACGGCGUCCGAGUCCUUCGAUCAGCUUUUAGGAGAUGUGACGCCCUGUAUCAAGUCCUGUGAGAUGACCUACCCGCUGCACACCUACCCCAAGCAAGAGAACCUGUACGCGUGCAGACGUGGCUGCCGUCUCUUCUCUAUCGUGGAGUUUAUCGGGGAGAGUCGGGACCUGAACGCCACAAAGGAUGCAUGUGAUGCGGCGUGUAUGGAGGCUUACAGGCAUGUGGAUGACAGAUACGGCUGCAGUAUCGGCUGCCGCUCACAGGUGCCUUUUGCCCGGAAGAGAAAACAACAGCGUGAUGAUGAGGUACAGAAGAUCCACUUCCUGACACCGAUGAUGAUGGUACGGAACAUCUACAGCGACCUGCUGAGCCGCGCCCAGAACUACAUCUCUGUCUCCUGGUCCCUCUACAUGCAGUCUGACAACGGCAAAAUCAUCGUUCUUAAGUCGGAGCCUGAAGUGUUCGUGGACAGGAUUAUUCCUGAGGAUGAGAACUUCCACUUUCCAAGGUCAGAGCUGCGGCCAGAGGUCAGCCUGGAUCUCCUUGAUGACCUUGACCUUGAACUAGAUGACAGAAGAUUACAGCCCAGAGAGCCACGCCUCCAGAGAAUAUCCCAGGAUGCUCAUUGGCCGGGCAGGCCCCAGCCGACGGCUGAUUGGUUGGGCUGUGUGUCGAAGAAGUCUGGGCUGCCGAGGUGGCUGCUGAGCUCCACGCUGUUCCUGUCGGUGCUGGCCAUCCUGUGGCUGUGCUGUGCCACCUCCGCAACAGCACAGGAACAGACGCUGAAGCAGCCGAAGCUGAGUAUUUAUGGAGAUCUGGAGACCAUAGUCGCCCAACAGAAGUCAGCCCCAGGCAGCGUGGUGGAGGUACCAUCACAGGAGGCACCAGAAGAACAAGCUGGCCCCUUACCGGUCAAGAUUAAGGUGGACCACUCCAUGGUCUAGACAACAGAAAACCCAAGGAGUCUUCAUGUAGAUCCGACCAGUUUAUGUUGACAAAACAACAUGUGUGUUAAGCAUGGAAUCUGCACAACUUAAGAGUGUGACUGCUGGUCAAAAGUAGAAAGUUCUGGUUGAAUCUGGUUUAAACUGGUUGGAAAUGACAUGAUUCUAAUGCUUUCUCUCAAAACAAAGUCUAAGUUGUGGGAAAUAAAGCCAGAACCAUGGUUGGAAUUUGGAUUUAGUGGAAAGUCCACAUUUUGGAAGUUGUUUCAGCCAGUUUUAACUACAAAGGUUUUAUUUGGGUUUAAAACAUUUUUUCUGCUCAUGAGCUAAGAAAUAAACUGCCAUCAUUAUGAUUGAUAUAGAGGAAAUGCUAUGACAUUUUAAUGCUGAGCUUGCUUGGUACAAUGCAGUUGCAUAAGCCAAGCUGCAGCAAUUGUCAACUGUCUUCUUUUCAAAACCUUGUCAUAAAACGUGAUCAUAGGAGUGUGUAGGUUAAGAGUUGAAGCUGGCAGUCACCAUUUUGUUCCAAAUUGGAUUAACCUGGGAGUACUGUUUUCAGUGAGGCUGUGCCAUGUAGAGUAAUUUCACAUAUGGUUGCAGUUUGCAGGAUAAGAGGUUGUACUGGUGCAACCAGGUUGUACUUUUACAGCUCCUUACAGUUGUCCACAAAAUAUAGUCAUGCUCUCCAAAAUCUGUAACUUUUUCAAAAGUAAAUAUUUCCUACUGAAAAAUGAUCUGCGUGAGAAUUCGUAAACUCAUAGCAAUUUGUAAGGGCUGCAGACAAGGAAAUGUAUUCUGUCAGGGGAACGUUUUAGACAUGUUUUUGGGAUUCUGCUUUUAAACUACCAAUUGUAUGAUGUAGAGAGAUAUGCCAAUGGAAAAUAGUGCAAUGUUGUAAUGUUUUUUCUGUACUUUUUACCGGAAAAAAUUGAAAUUUGCUGUUUCACUGGAGUGUUUGACAUAAUGUAUAGGUAACCUAUGGUAAAUGAUCUAGUUGUGUUAGCAAAAUGCUUCAUCGUUUGAAUUACUUCAACAGAUACAAAAAAAGACAUUAGCGAUAGCUGGAGACCUGUAGCUGCACAGCAUGGUAGGAUAGCUUUUAGGGAACAAUGAAAGAAUAUUCUUAACCAGUAGUAGACUUAUACCAUGAUUUCAGCAGUCUAUUUCUGUACAUAGAAACUGUCCUCUUCUAGUACAAAGUCAUCUCUCUUCUUCUGUUUCUCACAAAAUCAUGACCUGGGCAACUCCAUUGCUUUCCCUUGUCUGGGUACUAAUUGAUGACAUUUACGUGAUUACCAUUGGGCAUUGUAUAAAAGUUACACCUGAACUGUAAGCAGUCCCCUCACCCAUGCCUUUCUGCCAUCCUUUUGAAGGUUUUAUUAGACAUUGUAAAUUUAAUCCUUUGUAUUCAUGUACCCUCUUUCUUUGUUUUCUAAUGAACCACACAUAGCAUGUCUGCAGAAGCUAUCUGGUAGGAAAAUGACCCGUUAUAUGGGACAGUUGUAAAAUACUCCUGUUAGAAGAAAGCCUAUUUUUUCUGGCCUGACAUUGGCCCUCGUUUUCCCAGCAUGCACAUUAUUUCCAAGAAUGCUCGAGGCAUUUCACAUUAGCUAUGAAAUUCAUGGACAUUAAUCUUGCAUAAAUUCUGGAAUGUUUUCCCCAUUUUCAUUGUUUAGGGAGGAGCAGUAACGAACUGCUGAUUGGAAAGGGAGGAUUAGUGAUCAAGUCCAAAUGAAACAGGGAAGAUGAUUGAUGGGGAUGAAUGUUCAUCACAACCCUCCCUCCUCCCUAGGGUUAAGAAUGGAAUAGUCCAAAGCUGUGUGGUGGUGUUUGCGUACUUAAUAGUGUAGGAAGAUUCUUUUUCUGAUUUUUGUUAUGUCUCAAUACAAUGGGGGAGGGGGGUGCAAACAGCAUGUAUAGUGCCAUGACUUUCUUUCAUAGAUGCCAACAUGAUAAGGAUGAUUGCACAUAUCUUCUUGUGCUACUAUGAUUAUGUUUUUGGACCUAAUCAUUGGGGGACAUUUAUGAGAUAGUGUGAUCUUAGGGUUCAAAUCAAGAUUUUUGGGGGUCAAAAGACCUAUCAAAAACUGGUAUCAGUCCUGGAACAUUUGUAGGAUAUGAAACCUACAUGUGUAGAUAUGAAGUACAUGUACAUGUAAGCGGUGUUGUCACACCCUUUCAUUGCAUAGUAUUGUUCUUUUCUGUAUUAAAUGCUGCAAUCAUUAUUUCUUCCCCACAGAAAUGCGCUACUGUAGAUAUCCUAUCCUAACAUUUCACCAUGUGCUUCACUGUCCUAUUUGUGUGUUACAAUACCAAGGGAUUAUGUAUCAUUGAGUGAUGGUGAUUUGGGACUUUUAAUGUGUAAAUUAUCUCGGCAAAUCUGCCGCAUCAUUUCACACUAUGUAUAUCUCUUUCAUCCAUUGAGUAUUCAUUGUUGAUUUUACUUCUGGGUUUUAAACCUCACAUUUAGGAAGAUGUCUUGUAAAUAAGUGUCAGAAGUGUAAGUUAUUCUGCUCUGAGUACAAUAGGAACAUGGGGCUGUAUGAAGCGGUGUUGGGGUUCAUCUCAAUAAAGAGAUUUAAACUUUA